AUGCGAAAUCUCAGUACUGUCGCGUCGACGACACACGCCACCGGGUGGGACAUCAAGCAGGCGAAGGAGGAGAAGAUCCACUCAGAUGAGACGAACCAUGUUGGGGGACAUUGUGAUUCUGAAGUCGACAAAAUCAAGUCCACUGACGAACCAGAAGAAGACUGGGUAAAUACACAGCGAAAGGUGUUCACCCGCUGGGUCAACGAAUACCUACAAUUCAAACAUGAGCCCAUUGGUGGCAACGAAGUCCUGGAAGACGCGUUGGCUGACGGAGUGCGACUUCCAGAGUUAGUAGAAGAGCUCAAAGGUGGGAGUCAAAUAUUCACGAGAAUGGCCGAAAAUAGACGUGGUAAUAAGCUAUUCGUGAUUGUAUCUCUGGGAGCCGUCCUAGAGUUUCUACAGUCGAAAGAACAGGUGCAGCUGGUGAACAUCAGCGCAGAAGACCUGUACGAAAAGUCCACGAAGUUAUCUCUGGGACUUGUGUGGACCUUGAUUCGCCACUAUCAUAUCUUCGUUAAUCUCGAAGACAAACGAGAUAGUGAUGAAAAAAACGAAGUUAGACAGAAGAAAAAGAGCACAGACCCGAAAGCGAAGCUCUUGAGACAGAUUAAUCGUAUCUACGCUCUCCGUGGAAUGGAUCCGGUCAGCAACUUCAAAUCUGCUUUUAAAGAUGCAAAACGCUUCUACGCUCUCGUUCAACAUUUGAGAUCCGAAUGUCCAAGAGUUGAACCCACUCCUUCGCCCUUAGAGGUUUUUGACGACAUGGCGCGCUUCAAUACACUAAGUCUCGGGGAGCAAUUCGCUGAUACAUUCCGUGCUGCCAAGGAGGAAUUUGACAUUCCAGACCUGCUCGAGGCUGAUGAUUUUAGUGAAGGCAAGUUUGGCGAACACGUCGUCAUGACGUACCUGUGUUACUUUUUGAAAGAGCAAAAGAAAUAUUGGAAGUACCACCCAAAACGUAGACCUUCACAAACUGGUGUGCCUUACCUUUCACACCCUCACUUGGCUGAUGGUCAGAGCAAUUCGCAAGAGUGUGAAGUUGUUGAUAAAACUACAGAUGAGCUAGAGGACGCUGAGCGAAUCGAGUUGCGGCUACAGCAAGAAAACCUCGAGGCAGAGAGAAUUGAGCUUAAACUGGCCGAUGAGUGGCGCAAAGAAAACGAGCGCAUCGAUUUAUGCCUACAGGAGGCGAAAGUAGAAGCCGAACGAAUUCAACUACAGCUGGUCGAAGAAAAAUUCCUAGAAAAUGGUAUCCAGUUGCACUUGGCAGAGAAAAAGGUGGAGGCCGAGCGGAUUGAGCUACGACUGACUGAAGAAGCGCGCAAAGAAAACGAGCGUAUCGAGUUGCGAUUAGCAGAGGAGCAGGAGGAAGCAGAGCGGCACGAGAUGAAGCUGGCGGAGGGAAAGCGCCAAGAAAAUGAGCACAUUGUAUUGCGGUUGGGGGAGGAGAAGAAAGAAGUCGAGCAGAUUGAGCUGCGACUAGGGAGCGAGAGAGUUGAAGGGAAAGCUUUGGAUCUCAGAGCCGAAAGACGCGGCAGUGACCAUGUUAAUUUCCUUCUUGAGGCGGGAAGAAAUGAAUUGGAACAUGUCCGGUCGGAUUCACAAGAUCGAAUGCAAAGAAGAAUGGAAGAGGAUUGGGUGGGUGAUGCAGAAGCUGUAUCCGAGGAAGGUUCUCUACAACAAAUGUAUAGCCUUGAGUUCCUCAACCUUGGUAUUGAUAUGGUGGAUGCAGCGACCAACACAAGUCCUUGGCCAAAUACAUUGUCUUCUACGCCUGCGUCUGGUAGCAAGUGUUUUGGCCACGAUACUGAUAAUAAUCUUGCUACUUGUAUUGUGCAAGCUCAUAUUUCGAUGAACGAUAGCCUGAUGACAAGGAGAUUGCAAAUGCCCCAGUCCUCAGGACAACUGAGGAGUGACUUUUCUGCAAGUCUAGAAUUCAUCGACGACGAUGAUUUCAGCAUAGAUCGGGGUUUGAUUUGUCGUAGGGGCAGUGCUAGUACGGACACGGAAUAUGCAGACGAAAAUACAAAUCAAGAAGAUGUGUAUUCAGUCAACGAGGUAGGUAGACCUAGACGCAGAUCCUCUGGUGAGUUGGAAAGGAGCUUCAGUGCCAGUUUAGAGUUUUUGAACGACUUCGAUGAUGGAUUAUUAGACGUGCCGUACAAGAAUGCAAAUCAAAACACAGAAAUAUAUUGGGAUUCUGACUACGAAGAGGUCACUGAGGACCACGAUGACGACACACAUAGCAUCGAUAACAAUUUUGGUCUUAUGAUGCACAGGGGCAGACCAAGACGUCGAUCAUCAGGUGAACUGAUCAGGAGUUUCAGUGCAAGUUUGGAGUUCCUGGAUAAUUUCAAUGACAGUGUACUUGAUAUGGCGAUUCAAGGGAGAGAUAUCACACAAACGGUGCACUUUGGCAAUCAUGUGCGCCAAGAAGUAGAGAACGAUCUGAAGUUCGAAGUAGAUGUAGAUGCAUAUGUGGAAGAUGACGUCUUUUGUAGCACAAUUUACUUGAAUAGUAGCUUCAGCGACGUAUCUGAUGAGUCUGAAGACGAUAAUUUUGCUUUCGAGCCUCAAGUUAAUGUAGAUGCAGCUUCAGACGGGAUGCUGCACAGCACAGCAGUCUUAAAUGGAGACGGGCGAUUUUUGGACAGCGAGUCUAUCACAUGCUUCACUGUCGACACUCCCGAGCAGACUCGCGGACUUGACCAGCAAGCUCUCGAAGGCGCACACCUAGCGCAAGAUGAUGAAGAGCCAAGAGAGCUUAGUGGUACCUUCGAGCGGUUGCGACUGGCCAAAAGCUUCCAUAAACAGAAGGGCGACUUAUUCAAGUCCGAUGGAAGUGAUUAUGGGUCAGAGUACGCUACCGAGCGACUUUCAAGCCCUAGUUGUUCAUCGGCAACCAAUGGCAAGUACAGCAGUGGUACUUCGGCAGUGUCUACUUUGAAUAAUGUACUACUAUAUGGCAUUCAUAGCGAAGUUGCGGAAGCAUUGCCGAAGAAGCAGACCUGUCUCACACUAAAAAAUACAGAUUUCUCUGCCUGCUUGGAGUCAGACAGCCUCAGUGAUCUUGGGUUGGUGAUGUUGUUGGACGAUACGGCGUCUGGGACAUGUACAGGUGUUGAUGAGGGAGUGCAGCAACUCGCAAAGCUCCAGUGUAAAAUAGUCAAUUGCUUGCUAUCGGCUUCACCUGAAAAUUUGGCCUCAUUUCAGAUUGAUUUGAGAAGUGUGGAAAUGUCACCCACGACUGUGAACAUCGAAUUUAAUGCUCUCACUAGCAGUCUCACCUUCAAUGCAAUAGCAGGUAGGACAGACGGGGCAGGUACGAUACCCUGCAAAUUUAUCGACAACAAUAGUUUCAAUCUCGAAUCGUGGCCGUCUGGUUGCAUUCCAGUAAAGCACAAUGGUUUCAACGACACGUCGUUUUCAGGUGAUGAUAGAGCCACGAUGUCAUCUUCGAAGGAGGAUGAGAUAUACGAACGCAUGCUGGUAAGACAAGAGAUCAGCUGUGUAGCAACCAGCAGUAUACCGCAAUGCAGUUUGCCAUAUAUCCUGCGAGCGCAUCAGUCGCACCAGCAAAUUUCCGAGUGUCAGGAAAGUGAUGCAAGCAAUGCACAAAACGAGGCUGCCGUAAAAUGGAAUAUUAGCCCUGCUGUUGUCGCCCUUUUGACGUGUAGUCAUAUGACGGGAAUAGGACGUGGACGAGCCAGAAGAGGUGCCUAUAAUAUAAUGACGCAGACAGAGCCACAUAUGGCGGUGCAACAUCUGCUAAAUGUAGCAGCUAGAUUCUAGGUUGAACAAUACAAGAUGAUAGUGCACUUCGCGUGUGCUCAAAAAUCUCAGAAUAUCUGAUACGGUAUCAGGAGACAGACCUUUGGCUAAGGACUAGAAAAAACAAUAUUCCAACGAUAACGUGGCCACGUGUGUCCGUGAAACUUGCUUAGAGGUAGCUAUUGCAUGCGGGUGUAAGUUAAAAGGAGAAUAUCUGUAUCGAUAACUAGAUAUUCGACUUUCGUAAAUGGAAAGAAAACGCUAUUAAACCGUUCAGUCAUCCGAA